CCCAGUCUCCCCGGCCGGGGAGACGCUAGAGUCGGCUGGUCAACACCCGGAAAGUGAGGGCAAAAAGCAACAGCAGUUCUGGUAUUCUUUACAGGCAGAGCUGCGGACACCUAAAAUGACGCAAUAUUUGUGCGAGGUGGGGUGGGGCUCUGCGAAGACCUCAUUCUGAAGGGAUCACCUGGGAAGCGGAAGCAGACGGGAAAGAAGCUACGGCCGAAGGCGUUGGAGGUUUCGAUGAUACUGAGUACCAGAGAGGGAAUGUGACUCCCCAAAGUCACAGAGUAAUUGGUAGAGCUGGACAAGGACAAGCUGUAAUUGAAGAGAGAUCUUUCAGUUACACUCUUGGGAAGCAGACCUAAGAUCUUUGCAAACUAUCUUGUGGGGAAAAAUGCCUAAAGUCAAAAGAAGCCGGAAAGCUCCCCCAGAUGGCUGGGAGUUGAUCGAGCCAACACUGGAUGAAUUAGAUCAAAAGAUGAGAGAAGCUGAAACAGAACCUCAUGAGGGAAAGAGAAAAGUGGAGUCUCUGUGGCCUAUCUUCAGGAUCCACCACCAGAAAACGCGCUAUAUUUUUGACCUCUUCUAUAAGCGGAAAGCCAUAAGCAGAGAACUAUAUGAAUAUUGUAUUAAAGAAGGCUAUGCAGACAAAAACCUGAUUGCUAAAUGGAAAAAGCAGGGUUAUGAGAACUUAUGCUGCCUGCGGUGCAUUCAGACACGAGACACCAAUUUUGGGACGAACUGCAUUUGCCGGGUCCCCAAAAGCAAGCUGGAAGUGGGCCGGAUCAUUGAGUGCACACACUGUGGCUGCCGGGGCUGCUCUGGCUGAGGCCCUCAUGCCCUGACCCCUCUCCACCCAGGACUCUGGACUUCACAGGUUUCUGCCUGUUGUGUCAGCCCCUUUCCUGAUAGCAGUUCUUCUCGCAGAGCAGUGCCCCAGGAACUAGCUGGAGCAUGGUCUCUACGUGUGAAUGCUUUGGUGUUCAUCAGCUGUGAUUUGUAGAAAUAAAACUUUUAAACCUU